CAUGUCUACACUAGAUUAUCAUCAUUUUUGAGAAAAUGGCGUCGGCUGAAACGAAAAGAGAGGAGAGGCGGCGUAAAAUCCUUCAAAAUUCAGAAGAUCGAAUGCGAAAACUUUUGGGCCAAACAGGUAAAGACAUUGAGAAAGAUAACAUACCACCCAAUUCAGAAUUUUCAUUGAAUAAGAGUAAGACAACUAUAAAAUCUGAACAGAAUAAUAUAGAUCAAGCUUUAAAAUCAUCGAUUAAUAACACCACAGCUGAUGUUCUGUCAGAAUCGAAGAAAGAGUCUACUAUAUUUAAUAGUCUGAGUUUGUCACGUGAGCCAAUUCACAAAGAUAAAAUUGAUAAACCUGUAGUCAAAGACAAAAAGACAUUAGGUACUGGUAUUGAGCAUCCAGUCAAUCAGAAAACAGAUCAAUUAAAUAAAGAUGACAUACAGAGAAUGCUAGAUGUGAUGAGAUUGGGUCUUGUUGUGUUAUUGGCUGUAGUUGUAAGAUGGAUUUUGUCCUUUGGAUUUGGGAUUAUCUUUUUACAGUCCAUGUUUGUUCCAUUCAUAAUUACUGAAAUAGCUUUCUAUGCCUUCCAUCAUAUGAACAAUCAGGAAAUUAUAUUACGAGCUAAAGGAUCUCUUUUGUCUAGUGCCUUGGUAUUAUGUGGAAUAAAACCAGAGCUAAUAGCUACAUACAAUCAAAUAAUGGGUUAUGUGAAUGCUAUUGUGGAAGACUUUGCUACAUAUUUGUUUGCAUUUCUUAUAUGUAAUAUAUUCAUGGGAAGGGAAGUGAAGUGAACAUUGAAAAGAUAACUGUUUUUAGACAUCGAAAAAGAAUAUAGUGAAAGCUAGGCUUUUAAGAUAUAUUUAUUAACUUUUUUUUGUGGAAAUAUUUGUAUGUUAUUGGUGCUGUGUUUUUGGGACAGGAACUAGGCCCCUAGCUCAACUCAUCUUCUUGUUCUUCUUUGAAAAAAGGUGGGAGCCACGGUGGCUAAGUGGGUAGGACGCUGGCUCGCUAGCCUGGUAGUAGCGUGUUCAAUCCCUGCAUUGGCAUAGAAAGUUCAUCAGGAUUUUCCGACAUGGUUUCACCUUGUCAGUGGUGCAGGACGGAGGGCCUGACAAGGACAGCUGUCUAGUCGUUCGGAUGGGAUGAAAAACAGGUCCCGUGUACACAUAAAAUAUCCCUUGACAGUUUGAAUUAGAUAAAAGAGUAGGCUGUAGUGCCGCUGUCUGUGCAAAAUUUCCCUCAUAGCACACUGUAUGGCAUAUGCCCGUCUUCAUUAGCCCGGUUCGGAGAAGGACGUUAAACCCAUUUCAUUUCAUUU